CGCCCACGCCCACGGCCACUUCAAGACCUGCAGAUGGCGAGUUGGCAGUUCAAGACGAGUAAAUACAAAAAUGCAGCGCCAAUAACAUCAAGAAAAGGAAGAUUGUCUCAUUGAUAUAAAAGUUCGGGAGUUUUGAGAACCGUACGAGACUUUGGACUGGAGGAGGAAAGACAGAACUAAAACCUAAACACACACACGCACACACACACACGCACACCGGCCCAGAUGAACGCCAGCCUCCGUCAGUAGCGGGUAGUGGAUCUUUGUUGUGUUCCAUCGCCCCGUCAGUAGAAAAGAAAAUGGAGCGUGAACAGAUGGAAGGAGACGAGGAGGGAGAGAGAAGCGAAGAAUUGAAGGAGGAUAAGGAAGCUGCAAGCACCACCACCAUAGAACAGACAGAGGGCGAGGAAAUGGGCGUGGGUGAGGUGUGCGGGCGUGCGUGGUGGGGGUGCCUGCUGCUGCUCACCCUCCUGGCAGUCUCCACGCGUCAGAUGAGCCUUGAGCAGCCCCCUGGCACCCUGUGGGACGAGGUACACUUUGGUACCUUCACCAAUCACUACCUGAACCACUCACUGUACCACGACGUCCACCCACCGCUAGGGAAGAUGGCGGUGGCGGGGCUGGCGUGGCUGGCUGGCUACGAUGGUGCCUUUGAGUUCAAGGUUGGCACUCUCUACCCGGAAGGUGUCAAUUUUGUGGCCAUGAGAUCUAUGAUGGCGUUGUUUGGCGCUAGUUUGGUGCCUCUCACUUUCCUGAUCGUGUGGGAAGUGUCCUCGUGUCUCCCCGCAGCCUGUCUCGCCGCCCUCUGCGUCCUCUGUGACACGUUCAUGCACCGCCUCAACACUCUGCUGCUGCUGGAUCCCUUGUUGCUCUCGGCCCUCCUCGCUUCUGUCUUCGGAUCCUUCAAGUUCCACGCUCACAGACACAGGGCGUGGUCGCGGGCGUGGUGGGGGUGGAUGACCUACACUGCCUUCUGCCUGGGCGUGGUGGUCAGCAUUAAGUACGUGGGCGUGUUCACAGUGGGCGUGGUGGGCGUGCAGACAGCUUACCACCUCGUCAGCCUCGCCUUCAACCCUCGACGCCCGCUGUGGGUGGUUCUGCCUCACACCGCCGUCCGUGCCGUGGUCUUCGUCAGCGUCUCCUCCGUCGUGUAUUUGUCCUCCUUCCUCCUCCACUUCCUUCUUCUGACCAAAGCAAGCGUGAACGGCGGCGGUCUUUGCCACACUGAAUUCUACGCGUCCUUUGAAGGGAAUGAGUAUGAAAAAGCGACCUUUCCUGAACACGUGCACUACGGAGCCAACAUCACCAUUCAGAACAGCAGGCCCUUGUGUGGCUACCUGGAGUCCUGGUAUGAUCUCUUCCCCGCCUCCGUCACCGCCCCUUGCCAGCAGGUCACCUCAGCCACCGUGCGGGAUGACGAGCUGUUGAUGUGGACCAUUAAGAAGGUGAAUCUGACGGAGGGCUCGGUGCUGGACGGGGCCGGGGAUGGUGAGGCGGUGUUGGUGAGAAGCGGUGAUCACGUGAUGCUGACCCACGCCGCCACGGGACGCUCUCUUCGCUCCCACGGCCAUCGCGCACCUGUCACACGCCGCCAGCUGCAGGUGUGCGGGUAUGGUGAUGACGGCGUUGGGGGCCCCUUCGAGACGUGGCAGCUGCUGGUGGUGGGGGCGCCCGUCGGAACACCCCUCUCAGCAGUGCGUCACAGCUUCCUACUUCGUCACUACAAGAUGGAGUGUUACCUGCGCGCUAAUGAGAUGGUGAAGCUACCUGAGGAGUGGGCCUUCAACGGUGCCAAGGAGGUGACGUGCACGAGGAACAAGGACGAGACAGGGCUACAUUGGCACGUCAACUGGAACAACAGCCCGAAGUUGGGUGUGGGCGUGCCGGUGCGCUCCCUGGGGGUGGGUCUGUGGGGCAAGAUCGUUCACCAACACUUCAACAUGUUCAUCGGCAACGCGGUGCUGGUGGAGACGAAGGAUGAGGAGAGGCACGCCCGCCCUUGGAUGUGGCCGAUACUGUGGCAGAUGCAGACCCUGGGGAGUUACGUGGUGAACGAGACGAGUGGGGAGGAGCAUUUCGCCGUGGGAAUGACCAAUCCUUUCAUCACCUACCUAAACCUCCUCUGUCUCGCCGCCACGCCCUUGCUCGCCCUCACCCACGCCUUCUACAGCAAGAGACGCCCCGGCCAGUGCCCCGCGGCUGUAGAGGACAGGCGUGGGGUGCUGGCGGCGUGCGGGUGGCUGGGGCUGUGCUGGGCCGGCCACUACCUCCCUUUCUUCUUCAUGAGUCGUGUCCUCUACUACCACCACUACUGCCCGUCCUACCUCUUCUCCUGCAUGAUUACAGGAGUCAUCAUAUCGUGGGCGUGCAGGAGCGUGACACGAAGAUGGCAAUACAAAGGACGCGAGAAAGUGCACCUCUUCCUCCUGACGGCGUGUGGGGCGUCCGUUGUGGCCUCCUACGUAGCUUUCUUCCCCAUCGCCACGUACAUCAAGGGGGUUCAGUUCGAGGAAAACCCCAGACUGAAUCCUUACCUGGAUUAUCUGUACGCGGGGCAGCUGUGGCCUGAGUUUGGCUACCGGAUGGAUGAGUACGUCAGCUUCACGUCCACUGUGAUCGGCUCUUGGAACCAAAGCAACUUCGCCAACACAGACCUGAACGCCACGCUGUACUUCUCAACGCCUCUCAACUACACUGUGGAGGACCGCCCUGCCAUCAGCCCCGUCCCCGCCUCCUCCUACGAUCUCUGGGCCUCCCGCGCCACCCUCUGACACACCAAACCCCCAGUAAACCAGUAAAUCUCCUAGUAUAUUAGCAAACCCAGUAGAAUAGCAGUGAACCGGUAAACCCUUAGUGAACUAGUUAAUCCUUCAGUAAACCAGUAAAUCUAACAAUAUCCCAGUAAAUCUCCCAGAUCAGGAGAUUAAUGGCCACAGUCUUCACUAUUCUGAUCCCCCCACAUGAGUUUCUGAAGCUGUAUGAAAUCACCAGAUAGUCAACAGAGUGAAUAUGGAAACGCGUCAUGGUACUGAAGGGGCUAAACCAGUAACCACCCCCUCCCUGUGUCUGGAAAAAUGAUGUAGAUAGAAUUAGAAGAAAAAUCAUCGUUAGAAAUUAAGAAACAAGCAACGAACAAAAUAAAUCAAUAGAAAAAAAAACUUUU